AACAAUGGUUGAUUGAGUGGAACCCGGCUAUGAGGCCCAUCAGACAUUAGGGUUUUAUAUUUAAGCUGAUUUUGUGUCUUCAUUCUGACCUCGUUCGUUCGCUAGCUCUUUUGAGUUCCGCCGCUGUAUAUUCCAGAUCGUCACAAGUGAAAAUGGUGGAGAAGACCGGCGCCGGUAGGAAGGAAGAGGUUGUAACCAGAGAGUACACCAUCAACCUCCACAAACGCCUCCAUGGCUGCACAUUUAAGAAGAAAGCUCCUAAAGCAAUAAAGGAGAUCAGGAAGUUUGCCCAAAAGGCUAUGGGAACUAAUGAUGUCAGAGUGGACGUUAAGUUGAACAAGGCUAUUUGGAGCCAGGGGAUCAGAAGUGUCCCAAGGAGGGUUAGGGUACGCAUUGCCCGCAAGAGGAACGAUGAUGAGGAUGCUAAGGAAGAGCUCUACUCACUUGUUACUGUUGUUGAAAUCCCCAAGGAAGAGCUAAAAGGCUUGGGCACAAAGGUUAUUGAUGAUGAGGAUUGAUGUCUUUUAGCUUUGUUAAUCUGGUUUUUAUAUUUAAUUUUGUCUGAGACGUGGAGAAUAUUUUGUAUGACAAUUUUAAAUUCCUUUCUCUGUUUUGUUUGCGUUCUGUUUGCUUGUCUUAGAAAGAUUAAACAUCAGCAAUGAUUUUUACUCUCUUUUCUUUUC